AGUCUGCAUGAUGAUCUCACGUGACCUGUGACGUAAUUAAUGUGACGUACUUCGCGACAUUCCUGACUGGAAAAUGGCGUCCAUCUUCAACUUGAAGUCCUUCUGUUGGUGGAACGUUGUUACUGUAAUAUUUCUGCUGAAUACUGACGUUUGUUUAGGUAUUGCACAUACUGCUAUUGAUUGUAUGAAUGGUAGAAGACCUGGAGAGAACCUAACGUUAACCUGCAACAUAACUGGUACUAUAUAUAGUGGAAUCAGAUGGAUCCGACCUAAUGGUGGAUCACCAGAAAUGGUUGUACAAUGCGACUAUAAAAAUACGGUAUGUGAUCCAUCUGGGGGAAUAACUGGCUACACUGGUACCAUUGUAUCACCUACACAGCAUGAUCUAACCAUCCACUCUUUUAGUAAUGAAACAGAUGUUGGAGAAUGGAUUUGUCGUGAUGGACCAGUUGGAGCUGGUCCAUUUUCAUGUAACAUGACUCUCUACACUUCUCCAAUUCCCAAUCCAACAAAACAUUAG